AUGUCUCUGAUCAAGUCCACCGCUCUUCUCGGCGCCCUCGCCCUCAUAUCCAAGGUCUCUGCACACGGUACCGUCCAGGGUAUUGUUGCUGGUGGUGUAUGGUAUUCUGGUUACAGCCCCCUUUUUCAAUAUCAGUACCCACCACCGGUUGUUGCUGGCUGGUCGAUACCCGAGGAUAUUAACAACGGUUUCGUCAGCGACUACACCAGCCCUGACAUUAUCUGCCACAAGGGUGCAACGCCAGGCGGCGCAUAUGUCUCUGUGGCUGCAGGGGAUACCGUCGAGUUGCAAUGGACCGUCUGGCCAGAAUCGCACAAGGGUCCGAUGCUCGACUACUUGGCUUCUUGCGGCGAUGACUGUACCACAGUGGAUAAAACCAAGCUGCUCUUCAACAAGAUUGACGAAUCAGGUCUCAUUGAUGGCAGCACUCCUCCUGGGCACUGGGCUUCGGAUGAUAUGAUCGCAAACAACAACUCAUGGGUUGUCACCAUCCCUUCCAGCAUCGCACCGGGCAAAUACGUCCUUCGUCAUGAAACCAUUGCUCUGCAUGUAGCGAAAGAUGUCAACAGCGCCCAGAACUACCCUCAAUGCAUCAAUCUCGAAGUCACCGGUUCUGGCUCCAACUCUUUGAGCACUGGCACCUUGGGAACGGAUCUGUAUACCGCUCAGGACCCGGGCAUCUUGAUCAACAUCUACCAGGUGCUGACAUCCUACAUCAUCCCCGGUCCUCCAUUGCUUGACGGCUCCUCCUCCGGCGCCCAGCCUUCGGUGUCCGCCUCUGCGACGGCCUCUGCGGCAGCCUCUUCGGCCGUCGACGCGAUCAGUACCACCUCGUCCGCAUCCGUCUCGUCCACUGCAUUUUUCUCAAACAGCACCAUGACGUCCACUGGUAUCUCCAUCACUGCCACUCCAAGCAAACCUGCCGCUGUCGUUACGCCCUCUGCUGUAGCGGGUGGAUCGAGCGAAGCUGUCACCUCUGCUCCAGCACCUGAACCAACUGCUGUUGAUAGCCCCGCGCCAGCCGAGACAGAGCCCGCCACCGUGGCGUCGUCUGCUUCUGCGUCCAGCGAGAUUGCGGCUACGGGAACCAGUCCCGUUUCCUUUUCCAGCAUUGUCACAGGUCGCAUUGGCAAGCCCACUAAAUUCAUUUGCUACCUUGAAGAAUAA